CAAGGAUGUUUUUGGAGGAUUCCCUCAAUUGGGCCCGUGGAAACCAUUACAGGCAGACGGUGUCUGGUAUCAAUGCCUGUCCGUGAGAGGGCCUCCAAAAACCAGUUCGUCUCAAUUCGCGCCGUAUACACUGGUCCGAUUCCCAUCAACCUAUCGGUAAUACGCAGUACGUGGGAUGGGGGUUCCAUGCCAGACAAAUGGGAAUGCCCACGCCGCCCCAAACAGCUAGUGGGAGCCGUAAUGGCUGCCAUGGCUGGCUUCACCAAUCCGCGGCUGUCCCUCGAUUUGUGGUGUGGGUUAUCCCCUGCUCUUCUCUUCCCACUACCACUCUAUUUGCAUGGAUGGGACAAAAAAUGUGGCGAGAUGCCGUUCGCGAACCUAGGAUGUCUUUGCUUGAGGCUGCCAAUGCCUAUGGACGCCAGAAAGGGGGUUGAGAACAGAAAUGGGGGAUGCCGGCUGUCAUUUAUACAGUCAUGGCCAGCUGCCCGGAGAGGCUCAAAAGCAACCAUCAGAUGACACAAGUACCAACAACUUUAACUUUG